AGCUGAUCGAGGUGAUGACAGCUGCUUCCCUUCCGUCAACACUUGUGAAAUGUCUCUAUCUCUUCUUUGACCUUCCUGAGUAUGAGAGCCCAACGACCAAUGCGGCAGAUCAGGCGGACAAUAAUACAACAGAUUUUUCUGUCAGUGAGAGAAGGAUCUUGUUGCAAAAGGUCUUUGUGCAGCUUUUGGUUCGUCUGUGCUCCCAUGCAGCCCCAGCAGAGGAACUGGCCAGGAAGGAUGACCUAACACUUCUCUUCUCAGCCAUCACAUCUUGGUGUCCACAGCAUAAUGCUCUCUGGAGGAAGAGUGCAGCAGAAGUACUCAUGACACUCUCUAGACAUGGCCUCUCACAACCUGUUGUCAGCUAUAUACAUAACAAAGGAUGUGUAGCUCUCUGUGUGGAGAACAUGGAGCGAGGACAGGAUCUCUCUCCACUAGAGAUUGUGGAGAUGUUUGUCACGGUCUUUUGCUUUCUGAAAGACUCUUCUGAAGUGUCACAGAUUCUCUUGGAUGACUUCAGAUCCUCGCAGGGCUAUGCCUUCCUGGCAGAGUUCCUUCUAAGACUGGAGGCAGACACAUCAGAUGAGAGCCGAGAAGCCCUACGGAACCUUGUACUGCUUGUGUCAUCACUUUCUUAUUGUGGUUACAUUGAGCUGAAACCAUCAACUGCGUCAAUUGGCUCUCUCUUCCACAUGCCAGGCUUCAGUCUGCCUGUACCCUCAGGGAGAGGUGCAAGUGUCAGGAAUGUGCAAGCCUUCAACGUCCUUCAGUCAGUGUUUCUACGUGGCACAACCUCUCAUCUCUGCUCAGUGGUUUUGGAUGCCAUCUCUGCUGUUUAUCACUCAGACUCUGCAAACUACUUCAUUCUUGAGCCCCAGCAUACCCUCUCCACUUUUGCUGAGAAGAUCCAUACAAAGCCCAAAGAAAUACAGGAGAAAUACUUCCAGCUGCUGGAAUUUGUGGUUUUCCAACUGAACUUUGUGCCAUGCAAAGAGCUGAUCUCACUAUCCAUUUUGCUGAAGGCUCAACACACACUCUCCUGUUCCAUCACCUGCAUGGCCACACUCCUCACCAUUCUCAAGCAUAAUUCCGUUUUCAAAGACGUGUAUCGUGAAGUAGGAAUGCUGGAAGUGUUUGUGACUUGUCUCACACGUUAUCAUGAACUGCUCAAGGGAAGAACAGAGGUGGAUGAGGAGAAGAAAGCAGAAGGAUUGACUCCAGAGGAACGUCUAGGGUUCCUAGUGAUGGAAGCACUCACACACCUCUUGGCGUCCAACAGCCAGAACGCAGCAGUUUUCAGGGAGUCAGGCGGUGCCAAGUGUGCAGUUGCGCUAGUGCCCCACCUUGAAUGUCGGCACCAAGCAUUGGGUGUCAUGCAACAGCUGAUCCUCGCUAGUGGCAGUGAUGAUGACAUGGGUUCAUUACUAGGCCUCCUGCACUCUGCUGCUCCGACAGAACUUCAGCUAAAGACUGAUAUUCUCAAGUCGCUUCUAGUCUGCCUUAAAGAAUCUCACCGCACGAGAACUGUAUUCCGUAAAGUUGGGGGAUUUGUCUAUGUUAUGAGUGCCCUUGUAAGUUUGGAAGGAAGCCUAGGAGACAUCACACCUCCUGCCUGGAAUGGAGUGCCAUCAAGACAGAUCCUCACACUCUUGUUAAAUGUGUUCAACACACUCACAACCGCCAUGAGAUAUGAACCGGCCAAUGCAAAGUUUUUUCAUCAGGAGAUUUGUUACACCAGUUUCUGCGACACCCUGCGCCUGCUGGGUUGCUUCAUGACUGAGACGACAUUGCAGGACACCAAGGAAGGGUUGACAGAGGACCAGCCUUCAGAAGCUGUGGUUGCCAAAGACUGCUCCUCAGAUGGGGUUGAUCUGACCACCUUCCAUACCAUCUUCACCACACCCAUACUAGAAUAUAUGCCACCUCCUGAGAUUCCUGUAUCCCUGGUGCGUGUGGUGCAAAUCUUACAGUUGAUGUACCACAUGGCACUGGAUGCCUUUGACAAGCCCUCUGUCCCAACCUUCACACCUCCUGUCACAUCAACAUCUGGGGGUGAUAACAAAGUCACGGAUAUAUCCCCGAGUAAUAAGCGACCUGUUGGAGGACUCAACCUUGGUCCCACUCCAGCUGAGCCAGUCAUCGUACAUGCUGGAGUGCUCACCGCCUUAUUGCGUCUCCUGCCCUCCAUACAGCACCCAUCACAUCCCAGGCUAGCAUGCAUGCUUCAGCUCUACACUGCACAUCUUAUCAAAUCCUUAGUCCGCACAGAACGAAACCAGCAACUGAUGUGUGAAGCUGGUUUGACGGGUGACCUCUUAGGCAAAUGUUCAGUGGCUCUUGUCAGUGAGAAGCAUGCCUUACAUUCACCACUGCAGUACAUCUUUGAACGGCUUGCUGCCCAGGCCAUACACCCAAGAGACUUGAGGAUCUUCUUAAGACUUGGUUAUCCUUUGAACUGCCAGAACUUGGAUGAAAUAGACAUUAGCAGGGGGCAGUCACCAAGCAAUGGCCCAGUUCCUCUUACACGGAUAAAAACAAUUGUGUCGAUGACAACACCCAGGGACUUUAGAGUAGGAACGUUGGUGUAUCCUUCCUUUGUGGAGUUUGACAUGAGUGCAGAAGGCUUUGGCUGUCUGUUCCUUCCCUCCAUUGCGCCACAGAGUGCUGGGGGUGGAUCGGUGGUAGGGUCAGCCCUCUCUUCCACAGAGCCCAACGUCAUCGGUGGCAUUGGAACAGGGGAUCGAAUCUUCCCACCUCAGACUGGCCUCACAUACAGCACCUGGGUGUGUGUUGAGAAAUACAGUGACCCCCGGACAGAUCCACACUGUGUGCGAGUGUUGACCCUUGCCCGACAUGUCCCAGGCCGUGACCACCACUUGGUGUGCCUAUCAAUUGUCAUUUCAGCAAGAGACAAAGCUCUGAUUGUGUCCACACACGAGACUAAUUUACCACAGCCUGGACAAGCUGUCAAAGAAUGGGAGCCAGAGAUGGUAGGUGACUUUGGCUGCCGAGUGUGGUGCCCAGACUUGUUGACAGAGGGUCAGUGGCACCACCUGGCUGUCUCCCUGAGCCGCUCUGUACUCAAGAACUCCUCCCUCUGCAUCUACAUUGAUGGGCAAUUGGUGACACAGAAGAAAUUGCACUACAUCCUACAAAACCCAGGGGGAGGAGCAGCCAACCUCACUAUUGCCUCUUCAGUGUAUGCAUACAUUGGCACACCACCUGCUUACAGGCGGCACUCCAAGUUGGUUUGGAAGCAGGGUACAUGUCAUUUGGUGGAGGAUGUCCUUCAGCCACAGAUGGUAAUGCACCUCCAUCAGUUGGGCCCACACUACACUGGCAGUCUCCAAGCUGCACAGAUCCCAGCAUCAGGUGAGAACCAAACACCACAGACCCUGUCUGUGGUCCCUGAGGAGAAAGUCAUAUUUGGUCUCAAUGCUUCGACUCUCUCACAUCUCACUCUCAACAAGAUUCGCAAGAUGUACUCCAAAGUAGACAACAAAGCAAUUGCCAAACAGCUGGGUAUGUCAUCGCACGAGAAUGCCACCCCAAUCCGAGUCCUCCAUAACUCUGCAGGACACCUGAGUGGCCCAUCGAGGUCCCUAGGAGGUGUUGUAAUCGGCUACUUGGGUGUUCGUGUGUUCUGUCCUAGGCCUGUGGCAGCCAUGCUUGAUAAUGUUGGGGGUUGUUCUGUCCUUCUUGGUUUGGUUGCCAUGUCGAAGGAUGUGGAAUCACUUUAUGCAUCAGUGAAGGCCCUUUCGUGUGUCAUCAAAACGAGCAAGACAGCACAAAUGGAGAUGAAUCAGAGCCUGGGCUACCAGACACUUGCCCUCCUCCUCCGCAAGAAGAAGUCGCUCCUCAACUCCCACAUUCUCCACCUCUGCAUGUCAUUGGCUGGGUCAGGCGAGGCUAGGGAGUCGUCAGCUAUUCCAAGCACGCCUGCCUUCAGUGACCUACUCUGUGACCUGGAGGUGUGGGCAGAUGCACCAGGUGACUUACUUCGCACUCUCCUGGAGCAUUUGGUGGAGUUGGCCAGGGAAUCUGGGGAGAGGCAGCAUAAUGUACGCAAAAUGAGACAACUGCGCUUGGUACCACGGCUGUUGCACCUGCUUUGGGAACAAUCGCAGGGCAAAGAAGUGGCCUCAUCAUCCCCGUCAAAUAACUCAUCAUCUUCUAAUAAUUCGUCAUCUUUUAAUCAUCACUCAAACGUAAACACAGCCAGUAUAUGUGCCAGUACGCCCGUCAUAUUCACACUGCUCACAACGUUGCUUGCCAACAACCCACGUCCCCAAGAUCUGUUAAGUUUUGGUCAGUUUAUUGUGUCGACGCUUCCCAUCUUGAGCAUAUCAGAGAAACACAUCAACCUGAAAAAUGCAGAGGAAAAAGGGUUUGAAAACGGAGAUAGCUCAAGCCUCUCAAUGCGAAAUAUUCUGCUGAGGAACAAGUGUCUAGAGAUUGUGCACACACUCAUGUACAAUUCCAACAAAAAUACAAUACAUCUAGGGUUCUGUGAAGAGGUAGUGAAAGUCCUGGGCCUGGAUUGGGUCUUGCUCUUUGCCCAAGGACAUUUACAUCCUUCCACGGUACUCAUUGCAUUGCGCAUGUUAGUGGCACUGCUCUCUAAUGCUGGGAUUCUUCAGAAAUUCAGGGAUGCGUCUCACAAUGGGGGUUGGAUGACAGAUGCGCAGCAGGUCACCUCAAAUAAGUACGGUCAGGUCCUUGGCUACUCUGUGGGUUCGGUGGUGAGGUCUCUUAGUGAAAUCAGGGAAGAAGCCUGGCACAUGCCUGGCUUUCAGCUCAUCACGUGGCUUGUUCCACAGCACAUCCAUGUGCCUCAAGUCUAUUACCUCCUUCUGGCACUACUGCUAGGCCAGCCUGUGAAGAAUGUGCAGAACAACACAAAGUUGGACUUGGACAGUAUAUGGACCUUCGUGUUUGGCGUUCCUGCCAGCCAGUGUGCGACCACCAUCUCAGGAAGGGUGUCCUUGUGCCCUGAGGCAGCCAUUGCCAUCUUGGCCAUGGUACGAGCCAUGCUGAACCAGGAGGACAAAGGACAGUUCACAGCAACUGCCACUGUAGCCGGUUCCACAAAGGAACUUCCUGAAUGGCUGCAGAGCUACCCUGUAACCCUCAUCCAGUUCCUGAGAUUCCUCUACCAGCAGAAUGGGGAUUUCCUCCCAGUCUUCCUGUCUGGGGAUGUUCUAGCAGCUUUGGCCUCGACACUUUUCCCUUACACAGGCGCAUCUGAACCCCCCAGUCUGACCUCUCCUGAUGAUGAGAAGUUCAUAACUAGUGGGGAUGUAGUGAUAGUGAAGUGUGAGUCAGAUGGGAGUCUUACCAACCAUCCGGCCAAGAAACAGGUUAUGGAUUUCCUGAAAAACCUGGUUGUCGACUCGCUGUCUCUACCCCCGGCAAGCAAAGGCCCACACACCAUUGAUCUUUUGUUGGAGGCCACCCCAGAGAACAGCAGCAUGGCCCAGGUGUGCGAGUUCCAGACGCAGCUGCUUGGUACCCUCAUGGAGCAUCUGCUGGAUGCAGAUAUCCUUAUUGGGGAAGGUGCAGCCUUGCCAGUUGUGGCAGGGGGUUCCAUUCAGCAUAUUGCACCCAAUGUCUUCUAUCUUGCAGCAAGAAUUGUGGACAAACUUUGGGCAGGCAUAUUCAACAAGGACCCCCAUGAAGUAUUUGACUUCAUCAUCAAGCUCAUCUCACAAGCCAAGCGCCGUGCCUCUGGCAUUAACCUGGAGUCGAUUUACCACUGCCUCAACCGGACAAUUCUCUACUUGCUCUCAAGACCAGCUGACUCCAUUGCAUCACAGAUGUCGAUCCUGGAAGCUCUUCACAAGUUAACAACUCACAGAAGUGUCGUGUUUGGUGCGGGGAACCAUGAGCCUGAGUUUGUUGCCUGUCUCACCUACUGCUUGUUGCAACUCACUGCAGACAUCAAGAUCAACACUGAAACCACAAACCGCUCAGUGUGGCAUGUCAACCCUGUGGUGGUAGAGGAAGGAGUUGAAGUUGUUGACACCAAGAGUGAAGCUGUAGCCAAACCCCCCACAAGUGGAGGGACUGGGCGUGAUUUUGCCGAAGCCACAGCCACGCAAAGCCACAACCUGAUGGCCACAGCAGCAACAAGAGUUUGGGAGGAACUCUAUAUCACCAAGAAACCUGCAAUUGAAGAGGUGUACAAAGUGUCACUGAGUGCUGGAGGUGGGAAGGCUCCAGAGCUGUCAAGUGUGCGGGACCUUGUGAAUGAAGCCUCACACAAACUCUGGUUAGCCUUCCUUGAGGGGGAAAAGAAGCAGUCCUAUAGACUACCUUGGGAGAUUCCAACCCAGAUACAAAGUGUCACAAAUAAGCUACAGAAGGUGACUGGAGGCCUGACAAGGCUGGCAUCAAGGACAAAAGGGCGAAGGGAAGACAGCAUUGUUACCCGCAAGAUCAACAUGCCGAUGUCAGAUGUGCAGAUGGCUACUUUCACCCAUAUCUCCAUCAUUGGGGAUCUAGUGGACCUGCAGCACAGGCAGUACCUGCAGAAACAGAAACACAUGGCAAGCUAUGUUUGGGAGUCAUGGGAGAGAUGUGAGAGGGAGCUGACAAGGGAACGGGGACUUUGGGGUCCCAUGAAGGGUUCACGGCUGAAUAAGUGGAUCCUAGAUGCAACAGAAGGACCUUGUCGCAUGAGGAAGAAGAUGGUCCAGAACAGGCACUUCUACAAGCACUAUCCUUUCAAACCCCAAACAGAGAACUACGAAAAUCGUCACCUUAAGUACAAAGUGGCCACAAGUUUUGACAGCAAGGAGUAUGCAGAGAGACGACGCCCCGAAGGUCUCACAGAUCUUGAGGUGCAUGAAAAGGAACCAGUCAUUGAGGAGGAGACAGCCAACCUUGAAAACGAGAGCUUUGCAGGAAGAGAAGUGUCUGAUAUAGAUGUCCAGGGGCUGCAAGGUGCGAUUGUGAAGAGUGGAGGCCUAAAUAACAGAGCAGCUUCUGAGGCUGAUGAUGAAGGGGACACCCUAGACAUUGGUGAAAUGGUGGGCCAGGAUUCCAACACGCCCACAGAUGACUCCCAAAAUCCUGAUAACCAGACACUCUUAAGGCUGUUAGACUAUGGUGAAAAGAUCAGCCACAUGUUCAGAUGUGCAAGGAUUCAGGGUCUGGACACUAUCGAGGGGCUGCUGCUCUUUGGCCGUGAGCACUUCUACAUUGUGGACGGAUUCACCCUCCUCAAGUGCCGGGAGAUCAGGGACAUUGCCUCACUGCCUGAGGGGACGCACGAGCCCAUCAUCCCUUCAACCAACCCCAUGACCAGCCUGGAGCACCAUGCAUGCUCCAAGUUCCAUUAUGAUGAAAUCCGGGAAGUGCACCAAAGAAGAUACUUAUUGCAACCCAUUGCUCUGGAGAUUUUCUCAUCUGAUGGCAGAAACUACUUACUUGCCUUGCCUAGGAAACUUCGUAAUAAAAUAUAUCAGAGACUGAUGGUAGUCUGCACAGGCCUGGCAGACAAUGCACAGCAGUCUGUUGAAGGCCAGAGGCGGUCUGCAAGUGUAGAGCAGGCUGGAGGUCUGUUCUCAUCUAUAAUUGGAGAAACUUCUGUCACACACAGAUGGGUGCGUGGUGAAAUCAGCAACUUCCAGUACCUUAUGCACCUGAACACACUGGCUGGUAGGUCAUACAAUGACCUGAUGCAGUACCCGAUCUUUCCUUGGGUCCUAGCCGACUAUGCAUCUGAGGAACUAGACCUGACGAGCUCCAUCACCUUCAGGGAUCUUUCUAAGCCUAUGGGGGCACAGACCCCCGAAAGGCUGGAGCAGUUUGCCAAGCGCUAUCGGGAGUGGGAUGACCCUUCUGGCGAGACCCCACCCUACCACUAUGGCACCCACUACUCCUCAGCCAUGAUCGUCUCUUCCUACCUCGUCCGGAUGGAGCCCUUCACUCAGCAUUUUCUCAGGUUACAGGGUGGCCACUUCGACUUGGCUGACCGUAUGUUCCACAGCAUGAAGGAGGCGUGGCACUCUGCCUCGCGUAACAACAUGGCUGAUGUCAAGGAGCUCAUUCCUGAGUUCUUCUAUUUACCUGAAUUCCUCAUCAAUUCCAAUAGAUUUGACUUAGGUUGUAAACAGAGUGGGACACAGCUAGACGAUGUCGUGCUCCCCCCAUGGGCUAAAGGAGAUGCACGGGAAUUCAUUCGUUUGCACAGAGCAGCCCUGGAGUGUGACUAUGUCUCAGCACACUUGCAUGAAUGGAUUGACCUGAUAUUUGGGUACAAGCAGCAAGGACAGCCUGCAGUCGAGGCUGUUAAUGUCUUCCAUCACCUCUUCUAUGAGGGAAAUGUGGAUAUUUACAGCAUUGAUGACCCACUGAAGAAGAAUGCAACCAUUGGCUUCAUCAACAACUUUGGCCAGAUUCCCAAACAGCUCUUCCGCAAGCCCCAUCCUUGUAAGAAGCUCUCAGGCCAGCGUACCUCGCUGAUCGACGGUGGACCUCUCUCUCAGGCUCCAUCUGUUACACCUCUUGAGAAGGUCUUUUAUCAGAAUUUGGAUAAUCUGAGGCCUACAAUGCAGCCUGUCAAAGAAGUGAAGGGGGCUGUGGGACAGAUCAUUGCACAAGACAAGGUCAUCCUGGCUGUAGAGCAGAACAAGACAUUGAUCCCUCCAACGUACCAACGAUAUUUGGCCUGGGGAUUUGCAGAUCAGAGCCUUCGUAUUGGUGGUUAUGAGAGUGAGCGUGCAGUUUUAGUGAGUGAAACUCCUCAGAAUGGAGAGAUUUUAGCAGCUGUAUGCCCAAACAACAAGACUAUAAUAACUGCAGGGACCUCAACAGUGGUGAAUGUUUAUGAGAUCAUCAAACGUCAGCUGGUCCAUAAGAAAUCACUUUAUGGCCAUAGUGAUGGCAUUACAUGCCUGGCAGCAAGUAGUGCCUAUGGCCUCUUGGUGUCAGGAUCAAGAGAUCGCUCAGCCAUCAUCUGGGAUUUGGCUAGGAAGGCUUUUGUGAGGCAGCUCAUUCCUCAUGAGGCCCCUGUGGCUGCCCUGGCUAUUAAUGAACAGACGGGAGACAUUGCGACAUGUGCUGGUACUUGGCUGCAUGUGUGGAGUAUAAAUGGUACACCUGUGGCCUCAGUCAAUACGGCUCUUGGCGCACAUUCACCGCUUCAACAAAUCCUAUGUGUGUCCUUCUCCACCAUGUAUGAGUGGGAUGCUGGGAAUGUCAUCAUGACUGGCUCCUCAGAUGGAGUAGUUAGGAUGUGGGGCAUUGAAUAUGUCCAAGUACCAGCGGAUGACUCUGCUGACAACAACAAUAGCAAUGCCAGCAGUAUUAGCAGCGACCAAAAUGACUCUGCCACCAAUGAUGCCAAGGCUGAGGGUAAUGAAGGAAUAGCCUCCAGUGGUGGAAGUAAGGGCUCUAAAUCCCCCAAAUCUCCCUCUGGCCGAUCUCCCACCCACCCUCUCCAACCAGGGCGCUCAGCACGCGCCAAUGAGCUGGUCCGUCGAUUAUCCACUGUAGAGGACUUCCCCCCAGCUCUGUUGACCAAGAGUGUGAGCGAGAGCAGCCUGUCGGAGGAGGGAGAGAGUGAUGUUGAGGAAAGUGACAAGGCAGAGGCCUCUGAGGACAUGGGGGCAGUAGACCUGGAUUCCUAUACUGUUGUGUCUGCUGAUCCAACCAAACUGGCCACCAGUGAGGAGGAAAUUGUUGUGGAGACAACGGAGCAUAGUCCAGAAAAAUUAGGCAAGGAAAAGAGACCUCUGCACAGACAAGUUGCUGUCUCUAUCUCUACCAUUAGUACACCGAGCAUAGAAACUUCUCAGUCACAGUCACUUGAGGCUCAGGAUGACAUUGUGUUGAGAAGGAGUUCCAAUUAUCCUCAAGGUGUAGCCAGAGCCAUAAGCACCAUCGAGAGAGGUGUAGCACAUGAAGGCCAGCGUGGACCAGACCACCGGCUCCAGACCAGCAAGAGUGAGACAAGUCUUGCGGACAGUGAUGCCUUUGUUCUUAUUUCGGACUCUGAGGUGCGUGAGGCUCAGAGUCAGCAGACAGCUGUGCAAGAGGCCAAGAAGAAGCUGCCAAGAAAUCCUCUAAUGCCAGGAAUGAAGUGGGCUUGUCAACUGGUUUUCCGCAGCAAGUUAACCAUGCACACAGCCUAUGACCGAAGAGAUAACACAGAACCAGCUUCAGUUACAACCUUGGCAGUCUCAAAGGACCAUCGGACGGUGUUGGUGGGAGAUGCCCGAGGGAGGGUAUUCUCCUGGAGCGUGCCAGAUCAGCCAGGGCGAGCUGUGGCUGAUCAUUGGGUCCGUGAUGAUGGGAGUGAUGCCUGUGCUCAUUGCCAGGUCAAGUUUAGCAUCUAUGAGCGGCGGCACCAUUGCAGAAAUUGCGGACAUCUAUUCUGCUCAAGGUGCAGUAGAUUUGAAUCAGAAAUAUCUCGUCUACGCAUCCUGAAACCUGUGAGAGUCUGCCAGAAGUGCUAUACAACGUUAAGACACGACAAAUAAGUGUCGUAGGUUCUUAAGGACAAAGGAAAACCCCUAGAAAUAUGAAAGAAAAAUCCUUUUCUGCAAUGCUAAGUCAUUCUUGAAGUGGUGAUGAGAUUGUAAAAUAAGAUGACAAAUAUACAGGUGGCUUAAAGACCGACAUAGUUGGCAUUUUAAGAGAUUUUUCUAUUUCAUGAGGCCACCACACUUACUCACUGGCGAUAAUGGCUCCUUUACACACUGAAUUUGUAUGGAGCGAUUCCAGUUUGAAUCGGAAUUAUCAUGAAAAGAAGUUCUCGCAAAUGGUACCUUUUUAGCUUGUUAAAAUUUUGACCGUAGGGUCACUAAAAUUCUCCAGAACAUUCCAUAUUUUUGGAUUAAGAGUUCUAUCUUAAUUUGAUAAUGGAUAUUUGUAUAUAUAUGAAGAGUUUUAAUAGUAGUGCGGAGGUUUGGAGGAAUGCAGCAUGUGGACUUGGAAGUAGGUUUUUGAAAUUGUACUCACAACAUUAACCUUUCAUUCCACACUGGCCAUUGUGCUUGCAUUUCCAUCAUGUGUUCAUGAUUGAGUUUUCAUAAUUUUAAAAAAUUUGUUCCCUUUCACCCAUUUCUCUCUUUCUCUCUCUUUCUCUCCUCUUGCUACCUCUUAUUCUAUAAUCCUCAAAAUGUUAAUCAGGUUAUAUAGGAUAUGCACUACUUUUCAGUGAUAUAAUUCAGUCACCUCUGCAAGAGCUGCAAGAAAAGGGAUAGAGCCUUAUUUGAUUAAUGACUGAUUGUGUCAUAUAUAACGUUGCAGACAAAGAGUUGAGAAUAAGAGAGGAUGGGACUUUAUUGUCAUUUCUUGAAGCUUUAGAAAGAAGGAAAAGAAAUUUGACUUGCUCGGAGGAAUGAUGUAAAGGAGACACUGCAGCUGCAAGGCGUACUUAGUCACCUUACAGAUUUUAAAAAAGGAAAGUUGUUUAUCUCAGUAUAUAAACUAUCCGUAUCUGUAUAUAGUGCGUUAAAAGGUUUGUUAUUUCUGUUGCUCUAGAAUGGUUAAAGAAAGAUUUUUUCUGAUAACAUUUCAGGGUGACAUUUAGAGAUGAAAGUUUCAUCAUGCAUAUAUGUGCACAGGUAAAUAGGUAUUUGAAUAUAUAAAUAUAUGUAUAUAUAUUAUGAUUAUUAAUGUAUUAGGGACUUCCAUCCUCGACACUUUCCUGUGCGGAGCUUGAUAUUAUUUGUAAUGCGUAUUUUGAUAGAGGUCUGAACCGAUUAUUAUUUUUAUAAUUUUGUUAGUGUGCCAUUUGCUAGCAUUUUAGCAGUAACGUAAUUUCCAACAUUCAGGGGAGGCAGGUUUUGCUCUUGCAUUCUGCCUUCAACACUUAUUUUAUUAGAUGUGUUUAUGUACAGUUCUGUAUAUCAAUAUCUUAUAUGAAAGAUCACAUCUGUUCCCGUAGCAAAGAGUAUGUGUUUGUAGCCAUAGCUGUUGUUGCAAGUCUCAUUUUAUUUUUGGAUUAUUAGAUGCAUACUUAAAUUUUAUUUAUUUAUUUUAAUUUUUUUUUAGUUUUCUCUCAUAAAGUUCAAGUGUAUGAACUCGAAGUUAACGUUUAUGAUUCCACGCUGUUGCUAGCUCGGCGCCAGUUUCGAAACCCAAGGUCCUGGUUUGCACUGACUUAGUGUUGCAGAGAUAGAAGACCAAUGCUCACGUGGCAGAUUCGCUAACACCCUCACUGCUGGCACGCAGCUCAGUUGAUGUAGAGGUAGACGUGUGUCGUUCAUUAAAAAAUAAUAUAUUAAUAAAAUAAAAAAUGGUAGUAGUUGUGCGUUUCAGCAUAUGUUAGUCCUACGGUUCUUUGUGUAGUGAUCUUUGAUUGGCAGUUUCCCCUGGCUUGCCAUCAUGAGGUAACAAUGCAAAGCACUUGUAGAGUGAGGAUAAAAGCGAAAUGGAAUAGCAACAAAAUACAGAAGGAAAUUUAAGACACAUAACAGUUUUGUUAGUCUGUGGUAAAGAAGGCGUGUAGUCAACGUCACGUGUGUAAAUAGAGAGCAGUUGUUGUUCAUAGCGCGUCACAUACCCCCUCCCUCUACCCCAGCCUCACCCACCCUGGUCCAUUCAUCAUAACCUCUCACGUCUGUGAUGCCGGAGGUCUGUCUCUUUAAAUUGGUGUAGGUGGCAGAACUGGCCAGCAGUGCCAGCUGUGCUGCAAGAGGUCUAGAACCACAGACUGGUGGUUGGAGGUUGUCACAAGGUUGAUGGCAGUUUUGUGUGAUUAAGAGCUAGUGAUUCCAAUGCAGAAAGCUUGACCCAGGUGGCUUACUCCCUUGAUUCUAGGCUGGUUGGAGAGAGUAGCAGUGGGAUGCAAGGUAUCUUUUUUGACUGCUUUGUUAUAGUGCAGGAAAAUUACAAAUUAUGUUCCUUUCAGUCAUUUCUUCAGCAGUUGUAUUGUAAAUGGCAAAUUGAUGAAUGAAGAUUUUAGAUUCAUGAUCCUUUAUUUCAGCUGUUUGGCUAAAAGCAUUCUUAAGAGAUGAUCAUAAAUAUUUGUCAUCGAAAGUCUUUGUAUUAGCUCAGGCAUGUCGUCUUUAGUCUCCCUGAAGUCCAAUCAGAGACCUUUUUGAAGACAUCCCACUGUCUUAGGAAGGUAUUUUCAGUCAAGAACCUUGAGAGGGAAGAAAAAAAAAAGAAAAAAGAAAGGAAA